GCGACAUCCACUGGCAAAGCCGGAGAGACACUCCCGGCUUUGGUGUGCGCGAAAGCGGCAAGGGAGAAGGAAGGCCCUCGUGGUCAUGGGCGACACAGCAAUGACGUCCACCGACGAGACGAACACUGUAUCUAGUCUCGGUCAAUGUUGCCCCAUGAUGGUGGGUGGAUGGGUGGACGGGAUGGGGAGGUGGGAAGGAUGGGCGCAUCUUAAGGAUUCGCUGUAUGUUAACAAAUUGUCAUUGAUCCGGUGGGUAUGGUAGGGAUCAACUCUUCGCGAGGCCACCAACCGUCAAACAGACAGAGAGACAGAGAGACAGACAGACAGACAGACAGACAGAGAUAGUCGGUCGGAUGCAUGGGUGCACUGGGUGGAUGUCCCAUUCAUUCAUCGUUGCCUAGCUGCGCUUCAUAUUCUGCCGUCGCAUUAUACAAUUGUGUGGAAUGUCCGUGUCAGUCAGCAGAGGCACCGCAGACACAAACACACGCCACGUACACAUCGAUCUCAAGAUAGCUUGUACGUGUGCACACAUGUACACAGCAAAGACUGUACGAAUACAGACAGCAUCGAUCAGUGAGUGCUUCAUCGUCAUUCACUCUCAUUCUGACGUCAAUCAUAAUCAUGAUGAAACUGGCGAUGACUGUCCUGUUGCUCCUGUCUGUGUGUGUGGUGUCUCGCGCCACUGCGGCCGCCAACCCGCCCUUCAGCAUCACAGUCAACGGCGCCAAGAUCGGCAUCAACGAGGCCGGCGGAGCAGCACCGGACACCGAAAAGGCUAUCGCCGGUAUGCAAACACUGACGACACAUCCACCCAGCCAUCCAUCCACCAAGCCAUACAUCUGUCUGUGUGUCUCUCUCUGUUUCUCUCUGUGUGUGUAGAUGAGUUGGCGAGUGAGCCUGAGGAUUUGUAUGCGGAGAGUGCGGCCGACCGUCGCGCCAAAGAAGCCAUCAUCCAUGACAAAGAGGCACGCAAGGCAGACGCGGCCAGGGCACGCACCGCGGACUACAAGCGCAAGGCAAUCGCACUCGAGCACCAGCUCGAGGCCGACAAGCAGAUGCACGACAAACAACUGGCCGCUGAGGUCACACACAUGGACAGAUACACACAGACAGUCAGCCGUCAUCCAUCUGUGUCUCUGUGUGUGUGUGUGUGUGUGGUUUAGAAGGAGAAGACGCGUGAAGAGGAGCGCGUGUUGGCAGCUCACGACGCCAGCCUCAAGGCGCAACUCAGGAAGGAGGAACAGCACAUCAAAGACAUAAUCCAGGUGAACAAACAAAUCACACACAGGAGAGAGAGUGAGACACAAUUAUGCAUCGCCGUGUGUCUGUCUGUGUGUGUAGGCUGAGGAUGAAGAGGCGGCAGAGGAGGAGCAGGCACAGAUAGAGGAACAGGCCGCCAGAAAGAAGGAACAGCAACUCAAAAGGAAAGAGGUGAAUGACAUGUCAUAG